AUACGUCGCAAGUGAAGAUGGCCAACGAUAGAAGGAUCAAAUCAGCUGUAGACUUGAUUAGCAAUUUACCAGAUGUGAUCCUACAGCACAUACUCUGCUCUAUUCCGAUCGAAUUGGCCAUCACAACAUCCCUCUUGUCUAGACGUUGGAGGCAUGUAUGGCGCGAGAUACCUUCUCUCUCCUUUAAUGCCGAUACACUGACCGCAGCUUCUGUAAACGAAACCCUGACUCGCUACACAGCUCCCAAUACGAAGAGUUUUCACCUCACUAUAACACCCUAUCCUGAGAACAUACCCUACAUCGACAGGUUGAUCAAGUUCGCCGUGUCACACAACGUUGAGAAUCUGUCCCUCAAUUUCUCUAGUCAUUAUUAUGUAAAGCUUCCAGAUUUCUUUUGCAACAGUUCUUCUGUCAAGCAACUCAACAUUGAUAUAGGAUUUUCUCAUAUGAUUGUUCCCGAAUAUUGCACUGUGUCUUGGACAUCCUUGCAGAAGUUAUCCUUGAGUUGUUGUGGACUCUCUGAUGAAUCCAUGGCUAGUAUUCUAUCCGGUUGUCCGGUCCUUGAAAACUUAACAUUGCAUAACUGUGUUGAGCUAAAGGUUCUUGAUCUUAGCAAAUCACUACGUCUGAGAACAUUAGAUGUAAAGUGUACCAUGACGGAUUGGGGGUCAAGGCAAAUUGUGGCACCACACAUCCACUGUCUCAGAUUGUUAAGCUCUCAGCCAUCAUCACCUACUUUGGUUAAUGUUGAUUCUCUAACCGAAGCUAAACUGGAAAUUCUCUUCUCAGUGAACCGUUACUUCACGUUCAAGGCCGAUUUUUUUCAAACCAUGGUGCUAAAGAUGCUAGAAAAGUUACAGAACGCAGAGAAGCUUACGUUUGGGGGAAACUUUAUUCAGAUUUUAUCUCUUGCUGAGAUUCGUGGUGUUCCUUUCCCGAUGCUCAAGGUCAAAGCAUUGGCUCUUCAUACAAAGAUCUCUCACUAUGUUAUUCCUGGUAUGGAAAGACUGUUACAAAACUCUCCUGAUUUAGAGAAGCUAACAGUACGUGCAAGGAAUUUCAACACCUUACUGGUAUAUUCAAUUAUUCUUUUUUUUUUAUAUUCAAUUAUUCAUCAUCAACCUCUUUUUCUAGCUACUAUCGAGUUGAAAUAUAUCCAACAACUGAUUUUGUAUAUUUUUUCUAUUGUACAGGAGAAGCAUCUUGACAAAUACAUGGAAAUAAAAGGCUUUAAUCUGAACACAUGCUGGAGAUCAAAAGAUGGAGCCUCUUGGAACAAGUGUGGUGUGUAUGCAAAAUCAAAGCAUGUGACUUCAUUAGUGGAACUUAUUCUUAAAAAUACAAAGAAACUAGACAAGGUGGUGGUCCUGUUGGAUGAACUUUACCUUAAGUUUAAAAUUAAAGACGUUGUGGUUCCAUCACUUCCUGGCUACAAAAAUGUCAACGUUGUGCUCUCCACUACCAAGUUGAUGGCAUUAGAGAAGUGGUGAAAUGAAUCAUAGGGGGUUGAAGUCUUGAGUUUUAUUGAACGUUUGCUUUUACUUUCUGUUUCCAAUAACUGGUGUACUUAUUUAAAACAUGUUACAUCGAAUCUGUUGAAACACACAGUAGAAGAACUGAUUCACACAAAAUAUAUAGGCCGUAAUAAAUCGCAGGCCAUCUUCAUCUAUUUUUUUGUUUAAUCUGUUUUUGUGUUCAAGAACUCCAAAAUAGAAACAAACAUAAACGUUUUUGGUAUAUCUUUUGAUCAUAACUCCAAAUAUCUUGUACAUAUAUAGUUUCCUUGCGUCUCGUCAUACCCAUUCCAAAUUAGUGAUCUUACCAGUCCAGCGAGUACCUUGCUUCUGAUCCUCCAGUUCGGCUUCGGCACUGGUUUCAAAUGCUCCUGCAGCCUGCACUGCAUUAGCUCUCAUGGUCAUUCCUCCACGACCUCGUCCUCCUCUGCAACCACCUCUUCCAGCUUGUCGCUUUUGUUCUCCCCACCACUCGGGAUACUCCUUUUGCACACCGUACAGAACUUGUUUUUCUCUUCUUUUCCAGAUCCGCUUCUUCACAUCAAAAGCAGUCUUUGCACCUCGUUGUUCUCUUCCUCUAAUCACGGUGUUGACCCGUUCAACAGAUUUUAUCUUGGAGUAAACCUGGUUCAUCGAAGGCAUCGGGUCAGUGCUGAUGAUUGAGGCACGAACAUAACAGCUCCGUACACGUCUUCAUCCAGCCCCAAUAGGAACUGAUGAAACUUGUCUUCAUCUCGCUUCUUCUCCAAAUCAACGGAGAUAUUGCAAGUGCACCCCCCACACUUACACAUCACUGUCUUGUCAUAGUUGGUCAAAUCAUCUUCGUCAUUUUUCCGAAGCACUCAAUCACACUUGCACCUCCUUGUCUGAGACAUGCCAACUCUGCUUUUAUCUCUUAUACACAUUUUUAUACAAGAAAACAGAACAUUCUCGAUCUUCUCCAUACUAUAGCCUUCCUUUUUUUCUAUUUAUGAGUACUAAUCUUCAUAUAUAGCCUGUACUUUUUACAAAGGCUACUACAACAAGUGAACUUGAAGACUUUUACAUAGCACGAUGAAACAUUUGGUUGCAAUUUUCUUUAAAAAUCAUAUAUAAGUUUUAAGCUCUCAAAUGUUUUUUAUUAAAGUUUAUCUUAAAGUAUUGAUUGGUUUUCUAAAUAAUAAGACCGGCACUGAAUGUAUUUCCGCAAUCUAGUGGCGGCCGUCAUGGUUUGUGUUUUCUAUGUCUCUCCCUCAGUAUUAGAAUUGCCUCAGAGUGCUUUACUGCCAAAUUUCAUUAUGUCAGUAGCUUAGUUUUAAAAAAUAAGAUUUAUCUAUUUAAUAAAAACUACAUUACAAUAUUAAUAUAAAAUCUCUGAGAUAAUAUGGGGUUUUCCAUGGUAAAGGAGAAUCAAGGUUCGCAACUAACUCAUCUUCUUCGCAACAAGAGGAUCAAGCUGCUUCACGUAACUCUUUCACUACUUUAUCCACAUUAGUAGAUUCAUAGUCUACAAUUAUGGAGGUUUCUUCAUCAAACAUUAUCAACAAUGAGGUUUAAGAUACUAUAAUUGUUGAUCCCACGACACCAUAAGCUAGUGCAUUUGAGAGUCCUUCUUGUUUCACAGUGCUAGGGAGUGUGAUUGAAGUUGAGACAGAGCCAUCUAGCUCUCUUAGCUUGACAAGAGGUGGGAGGGAGACAAAGCCUCCUAUCAAAUACCAAGACAUAUGGAACAGAAGACAGUUCGAGGGAGAGGAAAACAUGGCCGACGUGGCCGUGUUUCUUAUCAUUAGCUAUUGUCUUUUAUUGCAUUGUUGGUUGUCUAAUCUCUACUUUUGUUGUUUCAUAGGUUUGAGAUUCACUCUUUCAUGAAAAACUUUUCCCAACUAUAAGACUCUUGUCUUAUUUUGUAAUAGUUUAUGUUUUUCAAGAUUAAGAAAUACUAUGAGAUUAUAUAUAACGUUUUCAGAAAACCCUAUAUAUAAAAGCUGUGCUCUAAGAAUAUAUGUCGCAAAGGAAAAUGGCCGACCACAGGAAAAUCGAAGGAGCAGUAGACUCGAUAAGCAAUUUACCAGAUGUGAUCCUCCAACACAUACUCUGCUAUAUUCCGACCAAAUUAGCAAUCAGUACUUCCCUCUUGUCUAGACGAUGGAGGCAUGUAUGGUGCGAUAUACCUUCUCUCUCCUUAUACGUGAAUACACUGACUGCAGCUUCGGUAAACGAAACCCUAACUCGCUACACAGCUCCCAACCAGUGGCGGACCCAGGAUUCACUUUAACCUGGGUCAAACAUGUAACCAAAAAAAAAAUUGUGAAAAAUGUUUGGUGUCAGAGGGAGUUGAACCCAAGUUUUAGGGGUGUCAAAGUGCAAUUUAAACCAAAAAUGCUAGAGAAUUUUCAAUGUUUCUACCUACAAUUUAAUAUUUAUCAUAUUUAAGGUGUGACACACUAUUGGUCUGAGUAGGUCCGCCUCUGCUCCCAACAUGAAGAGUU